AGGCAAGGAGCGCCUUAGCUAGGGAUGCCAUAGAAAGGGGAGACCAAAUAGAAGGAGCUUUUUGACCUAUUGCUUAGUUUCCUAUCAUGUUAUAGACAUGUACAGUUAGAGACCUAAAUUGUGUUUUUGUGCAUCUUCUGCACUUCUAUGAUACUUGCAUGAAUGAAUGACAAUGACCGCCGUUGGUAUUUCUUGCAUCCUUCAUCUAUUUGCUCAAAAGUUUUGUCCAUGUUUGUGCCGUUUAUCGUAUACGCUAUUGAACCGGCAGUGUUUUGAGGAUAUUCAUAUUCACAACACUUUCUGCCUGGCGCGCCAAUGAGUCAUCCUCUUAUCGAUCACUAUCUUCUGAUAAUCAAGAAAGAUGACACUUUCUAGUGAACCGAAAGUUGGCGCGAGCGGGCCUGCCUUCGCACCGUCCAAAGCGGUGACGCGGUAUCUGUGUGUGUGUGGUUUGUAUUCGUUUAGCGAUGCUGCGCUGCGUGCGUUGUUUGAGUCCUUAGAUGACUUCGUGCAGCAGCAUCCCAGAGGCCACGCAGCCAUUUUGGAGUUUGCCACUGCUAGCGCCGCUGUGAGAGCGCAAACACAUCUUCAACGUGUUCGCCAGUCUGAGCUGAAGAAUAAGGAGAACGGUGCAUCUUCUCCUUCAAGUUCAACAAGCGGUAGUACAACAAGUAGCGAGCAUGAGCAGGGUCCAUGUAUUUCAAGGAGAAUAACGAACUGCACAGAUCAGAACGAGGCCGCCUCGAGCUCUCCACCAAGUGAAGGAAGCACUUCUGUAGUUGUGACGAGACGUUCUUCCGCUGCGCCUUCCGCAACUAAGCUCGAGUCGGGACCCGAGAACAAUGAAAGUCCAGAUCACGACAAGGCCACGAAAGAAGCACGCCAAGAAGACAGGGUGGCUUUUAGCAAAGUUAGUUUUUGUGCUUUGGUGAAAAACCCUAAGAAGGAAAAAAGCCUCCGCAACACCGACGGCACGAGGCCAAGUGGCGCGUACACGUGGGCGACCCUGCCAGUAGAAUUGCGACCACAGGGGCUCACAUUGGAGGAGGAGUUUAUCACGGAGGAAGAAGAGCAGGAACUAGUGGAGUUCCUGCAUGGCCGUGACUGGGACACGACUCUACGACGACGUGUGCAGCACUUUGGCAUGCGAUUCGACUACCUGAGUUUGAAGCCAGUGCAAUCGGAACAUGACAUUCCGGACAUCUUGUCCCUGUCUGGCCGUUUUUCGUUCGACCAGCAGUACAAUCAAGUGACUGUCAACGAGUAUCACGCGGGAAUCGGGAUUGCGCCACAUGUGGAAACUCAUUCGUGUUUCGAAGAAGGAUUUUGCAGUGUGUCUCUCCUGGGUGGUAUUGUCAUGGAUUUUAGAAGAAUGGUCCCACAGAAAGCUGCGUACCAAAAGAAGAAGAACCUGGCAGGUGCAACUCAUGAUAGUGUCGGAUUCGAAGACGCCGCUUCUGAGGUCAUCACGCGAACGGCCAGUACAGCUAGCUCCGCAGGGGACAAUCUCAGGGACAUAGACUCACCGAACGAUUCUGCUGAAGACGAAAGUGAAAUCUCUAGUUCGUCUAAGCAGGAAGGCAUUGCUGUAGAUAGUUCUGUCCCGAGUCUACAUACAACAAAUGGUCGACCUCAGGAACAAAUACGAGGUACAACUUCAACAUUGGAGAAGAAUACGACUUUUUCAGCACAACGCGUCAUGAGCAGAAAGAAGUCGGAAGAAACAGGGCCACCGAAAAUGGUGGAGCAGGUUGUUUCGCUGUAUCUUCCACGCAGGUCGAGGAUAACUUUCCACGGCGAAGCGCGACUGGGAUGGCGCCACGGGAUCGCAAGUCGGGUGUCGGAUGUUGUUGAUGGUCGUUUCAUAGCCGAACGUGAGUACCGAAUUAGCCUAACCUAUCGCAAGGUGAAAGAGCGACCACAUUGCGACUGCGCAUAUUUUUCACUUUGCGACUUCCAAAAUCCAGCGUCCAUGCAGUUGCCCAAGCGCAAGCUGGCAGCGUCAAACGCUGCUGGUGAGGCAAUCACAGGAACGACGACAACGACCAAACCAGAAGUGCCCGUUCAGUCCUGAUACAACAACCUACUUCCUUCACUUCACUGAUUCUCCCAAGCAUACGAUGAUGAAACAAGCUCGGACGACUUAGCAUGGAAGCUUUUCACAAACUGAAAAUGGAUCUUUUGUCUUCUCAGUCUGCAUUGCUCGCCUAGCCAUAGUUUAUGUCCCAACGAUUCCUCACCGAAAAAGCGCUGCUGUUGGAUUCCUCCAAAAGAGAAAGGAGUGCGUC